AGUAAAUAGUGUGAGAGUUGUGGUUUCGGAACAUACAAAGCUGUGCGUUUUGGAGUCUUGGCUGAAUGGAAGAUUCAAAAUCAAAACCCUAAAAAAAUCCUCUUUGUGAUUUUGGAACUUGUUCCGCUCAAUCUUUCGUCGUCAAGUUAUGGGUAGUGGGUUCCUGGGUCUCUUCGAAUCGAGUGAGAUUAUGUGGAGCGGAUAGAGACGGAGGCAAAAGUGAGACGAAACGGAGAAACGAAGAACGGAGAAACGGAGAAACGGAGAAAGAGGAACGGCAUGGUUUAGCUCCACUGAAGAAUGGUGUUUAAGAGGUGAGUUUUGCCCAUGGCAUACAAAAGGGUCUCUCUUUGCCAGUAAAAUCAAGGGCGGUUUUGAAUUUGAUGUUUGGGUAGGGACUGAUUGCUGGGCGUUUCUUUAAUCAACGGAAUUUCUUGCGUUUGAAUUGAACUGAGAGACGGCUAAAUGGAGAAAGUGAGAUGCUUUUGGCUAUGGCUAAGAAUGAUUUUUAGAGGCAUGGAGGUGUCAGCUGAAUGCUGCAAAGUGCAGAUGGCCACAUUUUGGUACAGGGUGCAGCAGCGGCAAGAGCAGGUGUAGGUGUAGGCUAUGCUCACAAUUUGCUUGCCUGGGACAUGACUGAUCAAAGGGUGUGGGAUUCAGCCCAUCAUAACAGACACACUGCUGGAGGCUGGAGCUUGUGGAGAAAUGAGAAUCACGACGACGUAGAUUUGCAGGAGGAAAAGGAGAGGUGUCCUGGAAUUAUAAAACAAAAACCACUUGAAGAAGAGGAAACUUCAUCCAAACAGAUAUCAGGCGCCAUUGUACUAUCACUCAACUACAAAAACCGCAGGUGCCACGCAGCAUCGUCUUCUUCCUACUCUCUAUCUAAAAUUACUCACACUUUCUAACAUAAACCCCAAUGGAAACCUAAUCAUCAGACACCCCUCACUUCUUAUAAAUAGCACCAGUUGUUUGAAAACGAAACUCAAGUUCACAUCCCCAUACCCGUCUUUCUACUGUUCUUUCUUCUUAGUUAUGGCCACCUGUUUUGGCCCUAUAUGUAUCAUGUGGCAGCCCCCUGAUUCUGUUCCUGAUGAACCACCACCCUCGCAUGCAUUUUUCAUUGGAUUUCGAGAUCGGAAUGUAGUACAAAACCACUGGCUAGACGGAAAGCAACCGGCGACAGUACUACUAUAUGUUCCCGUAAGAAUUGAGACGUUUGCAGUUGAAGGUGACGAAUUGUUAACUAGUGAGAAUUCUGAAUUCGCCAACCUAUCUCGCUUGCUUUCUCUUGUGGGGGUACAUUCGUUUUAUCUGGCGUCAGUCGUACAAGUGAUACACUCUAAUGCUGUGGCCAUGGCGUAUGAGACUACCGACAAUGGCCAGAACGUAAUUGCCAUGGUUGCGGAGAUUCCAUUCCGGUGGUUUUGUCCCCCACAGGAGGUCCAGCAGAAUCAGGACGAGGAUGAUGAAAACGAGGAUGAAGAUGAAGAUGAAGAUGAAGAUGAAGAUGAAGAUGACUCUGAUGAAUUCGAAGACGGUGAGAAUGAGACUAUGGAUGAGGUUGUGAGCUAUUCAUUGGAGGAUGGGAUGGACGUGGACGUGGACAUGGUUGUACCUGCAACCAAAGCUUCCAUUGAGGCGCUUGAGAAGCUGGAGGGUUUAAAUUCAAUGGGCAAGUGUAUGAUAUGCUUGGAGCAGCUUUCAUUGGAAGAUGAAGUUAGUAAGAUGCCAUGCUCGCAUGUUUAUCAUGGAGACUGUAUCAUACAAUGGUUGAAGAAGAGUCACAUGUGUCCCUUGUGCCGCUUCAAGAUGCCGGUCGACCCAAGUUGAAGCUCUCAAUGCCAUGCAUUCUCAUAUGAAAGUUAAUACCAUGUCGUCUCACAAUUUUCUAUAAAUUUUUUUUGAAACAACUUCAUAUUUUUCUCUUGGAAUGAUUUGAGGUCUUCUAGCUAUUUAUUUCACUUUUUCA